GUGCCGGGGGGAGCGGGCAGCCAGGAAGGGGAGCGGAGCCUCGGAUCUGGCGUGGGACACCUCGGGUGGCUGAUGCUGGGGUGGCUGCUGGCAGCACUGGCGGUGCUGGCGCAGGGUGGCACUGCCACGGGCCCUGGUUUCUCCUGCUGGAAACGCUGCAGGUCCCGCUGGUUCCUCUGCUCCUGGCCACCCCACGGCCCAACAAGCGACACGUCCUACCUUCUGACGCUCUGCUAUGCAAUGCCCAGGUUGUGCCAGCAGUUCAAGGCGGGUGCAAGGACGACAUACACCCUGAAGCAUCACCAUAUUUACGUCCUCACCAAUGUCACAGCCUGGGUGGAAGCGCGCUGGGGGGACCAGAUCCACAGGACCCCCAACCUCACGCUGUAUCUCAACAAGGCCAGUAAAUGGACCCCCCCCCCCACCACAAUGCCAUUCACCAAGACCGGCGGCCGGCUGAGGUUGCAGAUGCCGAGGUCAUCGUGCCACCAUGGGGACCGGCCACCACAGCGGGAGGCUCGCUUCCGGAUGAUGGGCAACAGCAGCUGGACGCAGGUGAUGUGCGAGACGGUGAUGGAUGAGGAUGACUCAGUGACCUGCACCCUGGGGGGGGACAGCGCCUUUGAGGUUCAGCUCCGGCACAAGCCCUCCCACUGGAGCAGCUACUGGAGCGACUGGAGCAGCUCCAUCUUCAUUCCUGAGGAAAUCCUGGCUAGCCCAGUGCUGAGCUACCAGCUGGGAAAACUGGGGAGAGAUGGGCAGCGGGUGCUGAGGCUGAGCUGGCAGCAAGCCCCCAAGGAGCAAGGGGAUGUCACCUACACACUGCGUGUCCGCAUGCUGGUGUGCCGCUGUGCCAAGCUGGCCGAGGAGGAUGCUGUGGUGCUGGGGGGGGAGGUGAUGGUGCACAACCUCACCCUCUGUGGUGCUGAGUAUGAGAUCCUGCUGACAGCAGCCAAUGCCGCCGGGCCAGGGCCAGCGCGGCAGCUCCGUGUGCCAGCAGAGCACAGUGCAGGUACCAGCCCCUCGGAAGGACUGAGCUCCCUGGCAGCCUUGAGGGGGUUAUUUUCCAGCCAUCCUUCACAUUCCCUGUUUCAUCCAGGUCUCAGCUUCAAGGACAUCAGCAUGGAUGGUGGCACCAUGACGGCGCAGUGGGAAGCACCAAGCCCUGGCUUCGCCUACUGCUUCGAGCAGCAGCCACUGCCAGGAGCACCGAAACAGGGCAUUUGCAUCCAACGGGAUUUCCCUGCUGAGAGCAUCCACGUGGAGAGAGGAGCGUGGGAAGCACCGGCGUGUUACCGCCUCGCCGUGCACAGCUGGGCCCCGGUGCGGGGCUGGUCUACCUUUGCCUUGCAGCACCACUAUGCCAGCAAUGCCUCGCUAGCUGUGCCCAUCCGCAUCAAUGCCAGCGCUGGGGAUGCUGCUGCUGUCCUCCAGUGGAGCCCAUCCCCCCGUGCUGCCUGUCCUGGGGCGCUGGCCAAGUACCUCAUCUGCCACGCAGCUGAGGGUGACAACGUGACCUACGGUGAAGCGGACGCCGCAGCAUCGCACUACAUCCUCCAAAACCUACAGCCUGGCACAGCCUACAGGGUGGGCGUUUGGGAGGUGACAGGGGAGAGCGAGGGGACCUGUGGUGCUUGGUGGCACUUCCAGACCAAGGCACUGGGUGCCCAGGGAGCAGCGUGGAAAUACAACCUGAAGUACCUGGGCAUCUUGCUCGGUCUCCCCACCAUGGCUGCCAUCUACCAGCUCAGCAAAAAGAGGGCUUGCCGCCUCCUCUUCCCACCCCUGCCCAAGCCCAUGGGCAGCAAAGCCAUCCAGUUUGCCACUGGCGAAAUGAACCAGGGUCAGCACCGGCCAGGCUUUGUGGAGCCCUCCGAGAGGUUCAGCCCAGCCGAGCUGCUGCUAAAGGAGCUGAAUCCUGGGAAGGAGCUGACUGACACCAGCACGUGGCCUGGCACGCCACAGCCUGGCCCUGGGGCUGAAGAGCUGGCAGCAGCAUGCCAGCCAGGUGGCCAGAAGGAGCUGCCGUUUGCCUACCGCAGGCAGGAGGUGCCGAGCCCGGUGGGAUUUCCAUCGCCUGGCAGCACCAGUUGCACCAACCACCCACCCAGUGAGAAGGAGGAGGGGGAAGAGGAGGGGAGGCAUGGACUACACCAGCCGCUGGUCCCCAUUGCCCUGCUCAUCUCUGACAAACCCAUCAUCAUCAGGGAUGAGGAAGGAUAGGACCCAUCACUGCAGAAGUCUGUGCUGUAGCCAUCGCCAGGCUGGGAGAGUGGGGAUGGA